GUUAAGGGCAUGCUGAGCCUCAAUGCACCCCCUUUGGAUUUUGCAACAGUCCACUAGUGUCAAAGAUUCUUUCGUCAGUACGCCCUGGGCUGGACCGUGGCUGUCAGGACCACAGGAGUUGACCUGGUCUGAAAAUCAAACAAGGCAUCACCUUGUCCCUGAUUUGCGGAUGUCCAGGUCAAUUCUAGUUAUUCCAGCGCUCCCAUUCCAUAUAAUGUUGCGUUCACACGAGUCUCACCUGUUCAGCACGGCAAUGAGGACAAUGUUCAUCUUCGUUGGAAUACUUUUCACCCUUUCAAAUGCAGAAUUCCAAGUGAGCCUUCUGAAAGAGUCAGAUGGAGUUGUAACAGGCAGGUUUGCUGACUCUUUACUUUUGAGCCUGCCUCCAUGUGCUUUGGCAACACAGAGUGUGACUUUGGAGUACAACAACACUGACACCAACGACAGCAAAACUUUGGUCAAUAUAUUCAAAGUGCUCCCCUGUCGGUUCAGAAGGGACAUCAUCUCAACCAUUGAAAAUAAUGGCCAGUUCACUACCAGCAGAAACCUGGGUUAUCAAGUGACAAAUCUCACCACUGGCUCAACAUACAGGCUUCAGUAUGUGGUAGGGGCAGAGAAGAGCAACAUUCUGGAGGUCUCUACAAGACAAGCCAAAGACCCCAACCAAAUAGACUCUGGCCUGCCAGCACGCAGUGGAGCCAUGGUGGUCAUCACUGUCAUACUGUCUGUUUCCAUGUUCAUUUUGCUGGUAGCCCUCAUUGUCACUGUUGCCCAUUCCCUUGGUGGGGAUUAAAAUACAUCUCUAAAGUCCAAAUUUCACAUUUACAAUAGAUUUGAUAUGGAUACAUUUAUACUUCAUAUGCAAACACGCAUAUACAAACACUU